AUGGGUUUUGAAGAUGGACCAAGAUGUCUUAUGUCUCAUCCAGCUCACCCUUCUCAUAACUUGUCCGUUCGAUACAGAUUCAACUUUCGUAUCGGUUGCUUUACAUGUGGCGGGAAAGCAGCUGCUACGACGCCGGAUUGUCUCUACUACUACUGCACCACCUGCGAGGUGACGUUCCACAAUGGUUGCCAUCAACGUCCAAGAAGGAUAACACAUCCUUAUCACCUCCAACAUCCUCUUACUCUCUUCUAUCGAAACCCCGAAACCAGAGUUAUAUCCAACAUCAUCCCUGAUGCUUGUCCUGGUAAAAUUGAGGAUACAUCAGGUCCAGAGAAGUAUGAAUUCGUGGAUAUCGUCCCGUAUAAGUCUGAUAUCAUAUUCAACAAAUGCACUUGGUGUGCAAAAGAUUUCAAAGGUGAUUGGUUUUAUCGUUGUUUGAUCUGUAGUUUUUGCUUGGAUCUCUCUUGUGCGGCAACUCUUCCACUUCUUACUAUUACAAACCCGAAAAGCCAUCACCACUCUCUCGUCUUCUUACCCCGGCCAUUAUUAGUUCCAUGUGAUGCUUGUGGGUUGGUUGACGGGUUGGAACCAAGUUAUGCUUGUUUCCAAUGUAAUUACAUGGUUCAUCAGAAUUGCAUAGACUUACCCCGAGUCAUAAAAAUCACGCGUCACCCGCACCGGCUCUCUCAUACUCCUUAUUGUUCAUCUUUGACUUCGUCAUGCCAAAUCUGCUAUAAAGAGGUUGAUAUCAAGUAUGGGCAAUAUUCUUGCCAUCUCCAAGAUUGUUUUUAUGUAGUCCAUUCUAAAUGUGCAACACAUGAAAAUGUUUGGGAUGGGAAGGAACUCGAGUGGGAAAUCGAGUCUGAUGAAACUGAAGAUAUUUCACCUUUUAGGAACCUAGGUGAUGGUUUCAUAAAGCAUUUUUGUCACAAACACCGUUUGAAGCUCAAGAAUCAUGAUGGUGCUCGAGACACAGAAAAGCAAUGUCGAGCGUGCAUAUAUCCAAUUGUUUCUCACCAAUUUUACCAUUGCAAGAAAUGCAAUUACUCUCUCCACGAGGUAUGUGCUGGCCUUUCUCGAAAACUGGAUCAUGCAUUGCACAAUCACACUCUUAUCCUAUCUCCAUCUCCCGGAAAGUUUUGUUGUUCAGCUUGUUCCCGAGAAUCCACUGGUUUCAGUUACAUAUGCUCUAAUAAAGGUUGCCAAGAUUUUGUUCUAGAUGUUCGAUGCAUCUCAGUGCUAGAGUAUUUCAUCCAUAGAAGUCACGAACAUCCCAUUUUUAUCUCCACAUCCUACAACAGUAAAGACGAGAUCCUCUGCAAAGUUUGCAAGAAAAGAUGUUUGGGGGCUCAUCUACAGUGUACGUUAUGCGAGUUUACUAUGUGUUACUCAUGUGCUAUCAUUCCAGAUGAAAUACACUACAAAUUUGACAAGCAUCCUCUCACCCUUUCUUGUGGGGAAAGCGCGGAUAACACGUAUUGGUGCGAGGUGUGUGAAAAACAAUUGGAUCCAAAAGAAUGGUUCUACACAUGUAACAAAUGUUGCAUCACCAUCCACCUUCAUUGCAUAUUUGGAUCUUCUGUCUUUAUGAAACCUGGUUCCAUAUUUCGUGAUUAUUAUGGAAAGGUGCAAGUUUUUCGAAACAAUAGUAACACUCGACAACUCUGUUAUAUGUGUCACAACCGUUGUACCGGUUUGAUCUUCUACGAAGGCUACAGAAGGAAUGCUACAUAUUACUACAAUCAUAGCAAUCGAUCAACUCAUAGAAUGAUUUUUUGCUCUUUGGAAUGUGAGAUAUUAGGGAUGAGAAAACGUCGUCUCAUCCGUCUUCCGAGGUAAGUGUUUACGGCUGAAUUUAAAAACUAAGUACACAAAUUUGUCUCUUAUAAUCUCAUAGUUCAUCAAUCCGUCAAUUCGAUUAUUUGAUU